ACUAUAGGAACUAUACUAACAAAUAUAAUUAUGGCAGCUGUACCAGAUGUACCAAAGCAUAUUAGACGAGAAAUGUAUCAUGAAGCCAAUAUAACUAAUGCAAUUAUCUUGAAUGCUGAAGUCGGCAAUCAACAAUACAAUCGUACAAUAACUAAAGAUGUCAAUUUUAAACAGAUAAUUAUGCUGAAACAUUUACAAGAUAAGCUACAAUCAUUUAGUAAGCCGAAAAAUCGUGAUGAUGAUUAUACUGGUAAUAAGGAUAUAAAUGAUGCCAAUGAUGAUAUUGAUCGUAGUACCAUGGAUUUGAAUACUACUACCACUAAAACUAAUACGAAUAAUGACAGUACAUGCCAAACAACUUCUAAUCCUGUUGUAUACACAUUUCAUAGCUAUGAAUUACCAACUGAUGGUUCACAGGUAGGUAAAAGAAAAGAGAAGUAUGAGUAUUAUUGCUAUUAUUGUUAUUUAUACUGA